GCGGGCGACGCGGAGCGCGCGGGCGGAGGGCGCGGACCGAGCGGGCGCGCGGACCGACUGGGCGCACCGGCCAUGGCCUCCAAGUGUCCCAAGUGCGACAAGACCGUGUACUUCGCUGAGAAGGUGAGCUCUCUGGGCAAGGACUGGCACAAGUUCUGCCUCAAGUGCGAACGCUGCAACAAGACGCUGACCCCAGGCGGGCAUGCGGAGCAUGAUGGGAAGCCUUUCUGCCACAAGCCCUGCUAUGCCACACUGUUUGGACCCAAAGGAGUGAAUAUUGGGGGUGCUGGCUCCUACAUCUACGAGAAGCCCUUGGCUGAGGGCCCUCAGGUCACCGGCCCCAUUGAGGCCCCAGUGGCCCGAGCUGAGGAGCGCAAGGCCGGCGGUCCCCCCAAAGGACCCAGCAGAGGUGGGUCCAGCUCUGAAUGGGGACUGGGGGUGAGUGGCCAAGGAAGGUCCCUUCUGACCUGGUCCCAUCCCCCAGCCUCCAGUGUCACCACCUUCACCGGAGAGCCCAACAUGUGUCCUAGAUGCAACAAGAGGGUCUACUUUGCUGAAAAGGUGACAUCUCUGGGCAAAGACUGGCACCGGCCCUGCCUUCGCUGCGAGCGCUGCUCCAAGACUCUGACCCCAGGGGGGCAUGCGGAGCACGAUGGCCAGCCCUACUGCCACAAGCCCUGCUAUGGGAUUCUGUUUGGACCCAAGGGAGUGAAUACCGGAGCUGUGGGCAGCUACAUCUAUGACAAAGACCCGGAGGGCACAGUGCAGCCUUAGGCCCGUAAUUCCCUGUAGGGGCAGGGCCUCCCUCCUGCUGGAACCUGCCCCGGAGUCCCCUGCUUGGCUCUAGGGAGGAAGCUGUCCACUGUCCAGUCCUGCUUCCGUGUGUCCUGCCUGCAAGCCCAGGGCCUGCGUCCUUGGAGGAGGAAGAGGUCUUGCAGUCUCCAGAGUAGCCUGCGAGCCCAGCCAUUUCUUGGUGUGUUAUCCCUUGUAGCAUCCUGCGUCCCUCUGUCUGUUUUGGUGUCUGUGCCUCCAUGCCCCCAUGUGUCACUCUGUUCCUAGCCUUUCCGUCUCUGUCCUGGUGUGUCCCCGUGCCCUUGGUGGCUCUCCGAGGCAGCUGUCCAGUUCCUUCCCUGCUGCCCAUGCCAGCCCACCAGUAUUAUGCUCUGCUUGCCAGCGGUGGCCACGCUCUGACGGCACCCCGAGGUGGAGGUGCUCUUGGUGGGACACUCUGCCUCGACCCCUCACUGCCCACCCUCCCCACGGCCCACGGCUCACGUUCAAUAAAAGGUUUGAGGGUUGUAGGACCCAGUCUGUGU